CUGUUGCUGUUGCUGUUGCUGAUAAAAGAAGAGAGAGACGCAGACCUACCAAAGCAGUACAGUUAAAAGAAGAGGAAGGAACUCCAGCAUCCAAUUUCGCUAACUUGUCUAAUGCUUUGAUCAUUUCAUUUCCAGCAUUAAAAAAAAAUGUUCUAUUCUACUGCUACUGCUACUGCUACGGGCGCUCCUUCCUCUCUCUUCCUCCGCACAGCCGUCACUCCGUCACUCCUACUCCUACGACGCCGUAAUCUUUCAGUUCUGAGAUCCGAAAACCCUAACAAACACCUCCGCCUCUCCGCUUCACUCACCGACACGCACCCCCACUUCUCCUGGUCCUCUCCUCCACCUCCAACUGACGAUGACCAUUUCAGAGGCUGGGCCUUUCCCGAAUCCCCUCCACAAAGCAACAACAACAAGAAAGGGUUGCCGAAAAUUGUAAUUAUUGCUGGGAUUGGGACCUGUGUUACUGCUCUGUUAGCUGCCAUUGCAUAUUUCUUGCUCUCUAGAAAAGGAUUCGAGUUCCGAUUUCAUAGUCCAAGUUCAACUGAGACCACCGUAUAUGAUAAAAUUGAAACUAAUAUGUCUGACGAAAAUGCUGCUGCUGCGUCUGACGCAGCCAUGGAGGGUGUAUCUGAUGCCACCGGCAUAACUCUCCAUAAGGAACCUGCAGAGAAGCUUGAACGUGUGAAAGUGUCGGUUUAUGUGGAUUCUAACCAACUGGAAACUCUAUUGGCGUUAAAGAAACUGAAGAUCAUUGAAGAUGAUGUAGCGGCUGAUGAAUUAUGCACUAGGAGGGAAUAUGCAAGAUGGUUACUCCGUCUAAAUUCAAUGUUGGAAAGGAAUCAGAAGCAUAGAAUUGUUCCAUCCAUAUCACUUUCUGGUUCAGUAAUAGCUGCAUUUGAUGAUUUGGGCGUUGAAGAUCCAGAUUUUGAAUCCAUCCAAGCCCUUGCUGAGUCUGGCAUCAUACCCAGCAAGCUAUCAGGGACGAAUUCCUGUGCUGACAGUUCUGAUGGUAGAAGCUUCUGCUUUUACCCCGAGAGGUUUAUUUCUCGGCAGGAUCUGAUCAACUGGAAAGCUCAAUUAGAGUAUGGUUUUUUACCAGGAAUAACAGAACAGAUGUCAAAGACUAAAGUAUAUUAUAUGGAUGUAAAGGAGAUAAGCUCAGAUGCAACACCUGAACUUCUUACUGACAUGUUGGCCGGGGACAAGAGCAUCAUCAGAAAAGUUUUUGGACAGAGCAGGCGGUUUCAACCAAAUAAACCUUUAACAAAGGCACAAGCAGCAGUUGCUCUGAUAAGUGGCAGGAUGUCUGAAGCAGUUUACAAUGAAAUAUUGAGGCUGGAAGCAGAGAAGUCUUUAAGGCAAGCUACAGUGAAAGAAAUUAGGAAUGAAUUUCUUGAGAGAGGAGAUAUAAAAAGGUUUUGGGAUGAGAAGAUGAAUGAAGAAAAAAUCCGAGGUUUUGAGGUUGAGAAGCUUUAUAUUGCCGCUUUACAUGAUUUGGAAGAGGAGAAAAUUGUACAGGUGAAAACUUACGAAGAGUAUUUGAAGGAGAAGGCAGCUAUGGAUUGUCAGAGGCAACUGCUGCUCCAUCUGAAGGAAGAGGUUGAUGAGAUGUCAGAAAGGCUUGCAUCUGAGAGGUCUGUGUAUGCAGCUGAGCAGUGUAAUCUGCAGGAAUUGCUUAGUAAAUUACAGUUUAAGCAGGAAGUGAUGCUUGAUACAAAAUCUAUACUGGAAGCUGAAAUUGAAGCUCUUCGAAUCCUCAGUGCAGAUCUUGGGUAGAAGAUGAGGCAAGGAAAAGCCAAGCCCGAGCUAGAGUUCUGGAGGAGGUUGGACGAAGGUGGAAAUGGGACAAUCAAGCCUGAACAUACCAGUGCCUUAGCAGGACUUCCAAUAAUUACCCCCAUGUUUUUUCAUGUAGGGUUGUAUAAGAUACCGUGGAUGUGAAAAUUGAUUGGUGAAUUGUUAUGGGGGAUUUUGGUUUCUCUUCUUCUUUGUAAUAUAGUCACCAUGUAUGUUGCUACUUCUGGAUUAAUUAAUCAAGCAAUUUGAGAAUA